AUGGACAGUAGUCUAGACAAUCUUGUAACGACUGAGUUUAUUAGCAUUUGUGUUCAAGAUCCAAGGCUCCAUAAAGAGGACUUCUGGCACACGUACAUCGACUAUGAGAUCUAUGUACAUACCAACAGCAUGUGUUUUCGAAAGAAGACUUCCUGUGUGAGGCGGAGUUACAGUGAGUUUGUCUGGCUGCGUAAUUGUCUGGAACAGAACGCUCUGAUCAUAGAUUUGCCCAGGUUGCCCCCCUGGAACCCCUUCUUCAGCCUGAAGAACCCAGAGCAAGUCAACCAGAGGAUGAAGGGUCUGCAGGAGUUUUUAGAAAUUGUUCUUCACACACCCUUCUUGUUAUCCGACAGUCGGCUCCAUCUGUUCCUCCAGUCAGACUUGAGUAUCACAAAAAUUGAAAAGUGUGCUCGUGGUAAGACCAGGUACACAGUGGCUGAAGCCAUACAGCGUCCCAGCAGUGGUUAUGUCAGUAGAUUAGAGGACAAAGCUUCUUUUGACUCUGACUGUGAAAGCACUUCAUCGUCGGGUUUGGGAUUAAGUCUCGACACUUCAGCGCGAGGAGACCACCUCCUCUUCUUCCCGUCCUCUGACAAAGAUCCAGAGCUGUGCAGCUGUCUUUCAGAGUCUUCCAGUCCACACACCGAACGUUAA